AUGUUGAAUGAAGAGAAGAAAGCAAAAAAACCAAAACAAAACAACUCAAACUCGGAUGAAUACAUCAAAAUCUCAUUAUCUUCAAUUAUGGAGGACGAAGAGGAAGAGGAGGAGAAGAAAUCAUCAAAUCCAUCUUCAUCAGGUGUUGCUUCAUCAUCAGGUAUUACAUCACCACCACAAUCAACACAACCAACCACUCAUUUAAAUUCUCCUAUUCAUAUUCAACCACAACAACAAGCGUCCACAGUUGUUCUUUCAUUCAAAAAUUACAAGAAAUGGACAAAGAAAGAGGUUGCUUCUCUUCUUCGUAUGAAGAAACGUGAAGGUGGAGCUUCAUUGUCAGUUGAGAAAAUGAACCUGUUAUACAGUGCUGAUUUUGAUGGCACUUCUCUGGAUAACAUUGUUCAGAAUAUCAAGAGGCACGACGUAGAUUUUGCAAAGUACUUGUUCAACAGUGGUAAAUUGGGUGAAGAUCUUUGUACGAUGAAGAUUUUGAUGGAAUAUCUCUCUCAAAAAUUGUCUUUGAGUUCGAGAAGGCUCAACAAAGUGGAAAUGAACAGACUCUCAAUGGUAUCAUGGAAGAAGUAUUUAAAAAUGACAAGGAUGCUCAUCAAUGAACUAAAGUUGAGAAAUUUAUCACAUGUUCGCCAUGGCUUGGAUCGCCUGAUUUUCAAGAAAUUGCUAAAUAGAGAACAAGCAGAAAAAGCAAUUUUAGAUUUAAGUUCAGCACAAUAUAAAGCAAGUCAACAAGAAAACAUUACCAAACAAGACUUGACUUUUUUGAUCGCCAAAGGUGGAAGUGGGAGUGGAAAAACUCGAAUUAUGUCUGAGGUUGUCAAAAUUCUUUCGAAGGCCGAACCACAACAUAUUUUUAAGAAUUCUUCAAUCAUUUACUUCAACUUUACAAAUGGAUUUGUUUUGCAAAAUGAUGUUGAAAGAGAUUGCAGUAUUAUUUCUUUAAUCUCAUCGAGAAUCAUUUACGCUGCUUUUGAGCAAGGAGAAAGAAUUGCUAAACAAUUACCAAAAAUAACUAAUGAUUAUUUUUUAAAUGAACUUCUCCGAAUUAUAAGCUCAAAAUUACAUGAACAAUUUAAAAUCGAGCAAUCGAUUCCAAUACCUCUUAUUCUGGCAUUUGAUGAGUAUCAAACAGUAACCAGAUUCAAUCAAAAUCUGAAUACACAAUUGCAACAUAAAAUUGGAUGGUAUAUGAGAAACUUUCAGAAAAAACAUGGAUUGAUUUUAUUUCCAUCAUUCUCAGGAACGUUAUUGGAAUCCGAUACCAGAUUUGAACCAACUGGCUACCAAAUAACAACUGUCCCAUUACCAUCAUUGUGA